UUUAGUGGCACAGACGAAAGUCAGGAGAGGGCCGGCCCAUCUAGAGAGCCAAGCCACGAUGAGAGAGCUUCGCCUCGUAACCGCCGGGCAGCUAACCUCCCUGGAUUCUCAGGAUCUGAAGAGGCCCGCAGGGCCAGUGCGCAGAGUUGUGCUCAGAGGCACCACCAAGAUGUCUCUCAAUGAGCGUUUUGCUCAAUGGCGGAGAAACAGACUGCCACAGCCAAUGGCGGCCAACGUCCGGGCCUCGAAGAGGCGGCAGCAGCAGCUGGGCAGUGCCAGAAACAGAAGACUGGCCCUGCAGAUGGAGAGGAGACCCUCUGUCCAGGCAGCGUUAAAUCCUAGGCAGGGCUUCGAGGGGCGCCCGGGUGAGAGGAGCAUCCAAGUCCACUUAGGAGGUCCCAUGGGUGCCGUUGCCAGGAGAGCGAAAGGAGGAAGAGGCGCAGACAUCGCCCAGACAGAUGUGCCCCAAGGAGGAGGAAGGAGCAUCCAAGUCCACUUAGGAGGUCCCAUGGGUGCCGUUGCCAGGAGAGCGAAAGGAGGAAGAGGCGCAGCCGUCGUCGAGACAGAUGUGCCCCAAGGAGGAGGACUAGGUGGGGGACCUGCCGCCAGAGACCCGCCCGGGGCCAGGAUGCCAACCCCAGGUCGGGCCGAGUUUGGUCGUGGAAGAGGGGCUUUUCGAGGCCGAGGAGGUGGCGGUGGGCGGGGUCGCGGCCGAUGGAGAGGUACACUCGCACGCCACGGACUGACCAAGGAGCAGCUGGACGCCGAACUGGAUGCAUACAUGUCGCAAACCAAGGCGGCCCUGGAUGCUGAAUUGGAUGCCUACAUGGCAGAGGCGGCUCCUGAGACCUGUGACUGAAGCCCGCUUCUUGGACUCUUGUUCAAGUCACCACAUCUCUGCCAAAAUCACCUGGAGAAAACAGGAGGAGAAACCCGAUGGCUGCUGGGAGGAACUGUCAAACAGGCGCGUUUCUUUGAUGUAAUGCUUGAGGGUACAUGUUGUAUACGCUCACAAUAAAUGGUUUUUCUUGCA